AUGCGCCCCCUCACAGAAGACGAAUCAAAGGCCGUGUUCACGAAACUAGCAAACUACAUCGGAAAGAAUCUGAUACAUCUCAUCGACCGGCCAGAUGAGCCAUAUUGCUUCAGGCUGCACAGGGACCGUGUUUUCUAUGUCUCCGAGUCCUCGAUGCGCCUAGGAAUAUCCGUAGCUCGACCCAAUCUCGUCAGCCUAGGCACAUGCUUUGGUAAAUUCAGCAAAAGUGGCAAAUUCAAGCUGCACAUCACCUCGCUCGACUAUAUCGCGAAGUAUGCCAAAUACAAGGUGUGGAUUAAGCCGAAUGGCGAGAUGCCAUAUCUGUAUGGCAAUCACAUACUCAAGGCCCACUUGGGCCGCAUCACUGAAGACACUCCAGAACACCAGGGCGUGGUCGUGUACAGCAUGAAGGACGUGCCUUUGGGUUUUGGGGUUACUGCCAGAUCGACCGUAGAUACCCGCAAGCUUGAUCCAACAGCCAUCAUUGUCUUCCACCAGGCAGAUGUGGGCGAGUAUCUAAGGGAUGAGGAAACCUUGUUCUGA